AUGCCGUUUCCUAGCAGACAGCAUUUUUCACACUUCCCCGAAUAUUUUACGGAAUAACUACAUCUUUCAGCUUCAAAAUGAACUACACUCGAUUUCUGACGGCUACCAGUUUAGCCAGGAAGCCAUCACCGAUUAGAUUUUUGACGGAGAUCUUGGCCAAAAGUCCGCCGUCAAUGAUAUCGCUGGCUGCAGGGCAACCCAAUCCAAGCAUGUUCCCCUUCAAAGAGUCCUCCUUUGUCCUAAGGGAUGGUACUUCAAUUGAGCUUGAUGAAACAUCUAUGAACAUUGCUCUACAAUAUGGCUCAUCAAAAGGGUAUGAUCCUCUGCUGAGCUGGCUAAGGGAGCUCCAGAAGAAACUCCAUGACCCUCCGCUGUUCAACAGUGAGAAUAAAGAGACGAAGACCGACCUGUGUAUGGUGUCUGGUAGUCAAGAUGGGCUCAGUAAGGCAUUUGACAUGUUGGUAUCUAGGGGAGACAAUGUUUUGGUGGAAAUACCUUGUUACCCUGGAACACUCACAGCAUUGAGGCCAAAAGGGGCGAACCUGAUCGGUGUAGAAACGGACCACCAGGGAAUGAAACCCUCAUCAUUACGGGAAGCGUUAUCGAAAUGGAAACCUGAGGAUAGUAAAGACCCGUUGUCUGAUAUUCCCAAGAUUCUUUAUACUGUACCCAAUGGUGGUAAUCCAACGGGUAUGUCAACCACAGAGAAUAGGAAGAAAGAGAUUUAUCAGAUUGCUCAUGAAUAUGAUAUCCUGAUUGUAGAAGACGAUCCCUAUUAUUUUCUUCAAUUUAAUGAGGUCCCUAUUCCUUCCUACUUAUCCCUUGAUAUAGACGGUCGCGUGUUGCGAAUGGAUUCCUUUUCAAAGAUUAUUUCAUCUGGAAUGCGACUUGGCUUUGCCACAAUGUCGUCCACGUUUGUGGACCGAUUCGUGAAAAAUUUGAUGGUGUCAAACUACCAUCCUGAUUGUUUGGUCCAGGUGGUUAUUACCAAGUUAUUCCACCAGUGGGGUAUGGACGGACUUCUACAACAUGUAAACAUGGUGAAAGGCUUUUAUAAAGACCAGAAGGAUGCCAUGAUAUUAUCAGCAGAAAAACACUUAUCAGGAUUGGCGGAGUGGCAUGAGCCUCUUGCCGGCAUGUUCCUUUGGGUGAAGCUGAAACAAGUGAAUGACACAAACAAACUCAUCAUGGAAAAGGCAAUUGAAAAAGAGGUCUUACUCACCCCUGGUAAUGCCUUCAUGAUCAAUGAUCAGCUGCCAAGUCCAUAUCUUCGUGCUGCGUUCUCUUUGGCUACGCCAGAAAAAAUGGAUAAGGGAUUUGAAAGACUGUCUCUUCUCAUCAAGGAAGAAAUUAACGCAAACCAACAAAACAAAUGAUGACUGACACCAUAGAUGGACUUCUCCUGCACUGCAAGAAUUGAGAUCACCCUUUGUUCCGAUAGGAUGGCUUUCUUCAUUGAAUAAAGAGUCAUAUCUUUAUGAUAUUAACAUGAUAUUAACAAAGGUCAAAAUAAAUAGUAUUUAAGAAUUUUAGACAAAAAAAAGUCUUGGAGGGUGUCCUGUUAACAGAUUGAGCUGUAUGUUAGAGAUUCCAUCCAUUUGGCUGUGGCUCCAUGGGGCAGCUGAAAGUGAAGUGAUAAUGUAUUAAUGGGUGGAAAAGAAUAUUGAUUUUGACCACAAAUAUGCAUAAUAAUGCUAGCCAUCACACAUCCACAAAUGAUGUUGUGAUUAGUGUCAUGCUGCAUGUGAUGUUCUUAACUGUAAGUAGUUGAAUAAAAAUAAUGUUUUAGAAUGAAA